AUGGAAUCGCUUACUCAGCAGAUGGUUGAUAAAGAAGCUAGACGAUAUAACUUUGCUAGCGGAAGAGAACGUUAUAAUGGAGGUACUUUUUUAACGGAGGUUCCAAGUAGACAGAUCAGAAGGCCAGGAAGACAAGAACUCCCAAGCAUUUACUAUAGAUUGUCUUGUAUCUUACCAUCUUUAUCAUCAGCUUCCCUACCUCAAGAUGAGUUGCUAACCGAUGAAAAAUACUUCUCAUGGAGAGUCAAACGUUCGCUCAAUCAUUGCAUCCAAAUGUAA